UAUGACAUACAGCAAAACUAAUAACGGGAACAAAUCUGGUGUGACUAAUUUGAUCCGGGAUGCGUUUGUUGUUUUUACCAGUUUAACACUCCGUUGGGCAAAUCUACGUAUAUAUUUCAUUUAUCUGAGGUGUUCAGUGCUAUAGUAACUGUCAAGUAAACUAGUUAUUUUCAAAUAAAUUUAACCACUGAAAAUGUAUAUCAAACAGACUUUAUUUAACAAACUAUCAUUUAUAUUUGGAAUAAUUGUUAUUUCAUUUAGCUCUUUUAAAAUUGUGUCAGGGUUUGAAUUGACAGUUUUGCAUACGAACGAUGUUCACGCGAGAUUUGAACAGUUCAACAAAUAUGGGUCAAAGUGUUCAGAAAAUGAUGCUAAAAAUGGAAAGUGUUUUGGAGGCGUGGCAAGAAGGCUUUCAAAAAUUCAAGAAAUCCGUAACAGCCAUGACAACGUUCUUCUGUUAGAUGCCGGAGACCAGUUUAUGGGAACAACUUGGUUCAACGUAUACCAUGGAAGAGCUACAUCUUACUUUAUGAAUCAGCUAGGAUAUAGUGCUAUGUGCCUUGGAAACCACGAGUUUGACCUCGGAGUGGAACCUCUUGCACUGUUUCUUAACAACGUAACGUUCCCGAUCGUUAGCGUUAACACGGAGGUAACGAAUGAGCCACGACUCAAUGGAAAGUUUCUGAAGUCAUUUGAAAUGAUAGUUGGUGGGGAAAACAUUGGAAUUGUUGGAUACAUUAUACCAGAAACUUCACAGAUAUCAAAACCAGGACAAACGGUUAACUUUGAUAACAUACUUACAACAGUAGGCGAAGAAGUAUCGGCACUAAAAUCCAAAGGAAUUAACAAGAUCAUAGCAUUAGGACACGCAGGCUUCAACAUUGAUAAACAAGUAGCAGCCAUUGAUGGAAUAGAUCUCGUUGUCGGGGGUCAUACAAAUACCUUUUUAUACAACGGUAACAUGCCAGCAGGAGAAGAGAUCGAAGGGCCGUAUCCUCUUGUUGCUGAUCAGCCUGGAGGAGGUCAAGGACUGGUUGUUCAGGCAUACACUAUGGGGAAAUAUCUAGGCUAUCUUAACGUCACGUUCGACUCAAAUGGCGUUGUGACAAAGUAUUCAGGAAAUCCCAUACUUCUGGACUCACGUGUUAAGGAAGAUCCUGCAGUGCUGUCUUUUGUUAAUGAAUGGAAGAAACCAGUAGAUGCGUUGGCAGAAGAAAUUAUUGGUUAUUCAAAGGUUGUAUUAGACGGCAGUAGAGUGAAUUGUCGAUCAAAGGAAUGUAACUUGGGUAACCUGAUAACUGACGCCAUAAUAGAUUAUCAUGUCAACUUCUCCCAUCCAGCCUCAAACUGGGCCCCGGCUGCCAUAGCACUGUGGAAUGGCGGUGGUAUUAGAGCAUCUAUAGACAAAGGAGAUGUUUCAGCAGGUGAAGCAAUGGCAGUGAUGCCGUUUGGAAACGAGAUAGACGUUGCAACAGUUAAAGGCAAGAAUAUUCGAGAACAGCUAGAAACUUCCGUGAAAGAAUGGAGCCCAAAAGGAGAACAUGGUCGAUUCCUUCAAAUGUCUGGUCUUAAGGUUGUUUAUAACACGAACAAUCCAGUUGGCAAACGUGUUGUGUCUGUUGAAGCCAGGUGUUUGGAGUGUGAAGUACCAAGUUACUCCCCUUUGCAGGACGAAGCUAACUACAAGAUUUUCCUGUCCACAUUCUUGUUAGGUGGCGGUGAUGGGUACAACUUUAAACCGUCACAGCGGGAACGCUUUAAUACACUAGACUUGACAACUGUAAUGGGGUAUUUUAAGAAGCACAGCCCUGUGUUCCCAUCUACAGAAGGAAGAAUAAGAUUUACCUCAUCCGCAACAAAACUGUCGGCAGUGACAUUUUUCUUCAUCCUUGAGUUGUUAAUAUACUUUUUUAUAAUUAUAAUGAUCUUUGUAUUUUUAUUUAUGAUAUUAACUAUAAUCAUCUAUAGAUCUUUUCGCUUUUUAUAUUUUUAUACUCACGUUUUUGUGAAAUUUCUUUUAUUUCAGUUUACGGGUAAUUAACAAAUAUCCAGAUCUGGUUAUUUUCCUAUGAAGCCAUUUUGUCAAAGUAUGAUAUACUGAUUUUUUUAUAUUUUGUCAAAGUUAUAAUUUAACAUUCAGUUAUCUGGCAACUUGUAUUUCAUUUUACCGCGAUGAACUAAAUAUAUUAACUCAGAGAAAUGCGUAAUAUCGCAAAUGAAUUGUUUUUUCACACCUCGGUCGGAUCGAGGACAUUGAACAUUCCGCGCGAGCAAUGAACUGCAAAGCAUUCCGUCACGUUAACAAAAGUAAAGUUUAUGUCGAGGUAAGUGCACUGACACUUGGGGUCUUGAAUCCCCACUCCCUCCAGCCUAAACUACUACGCACCUGUAUUAUUUUUAUCAUCAUUGUAUAUUCAGACCCAGAAUCUAAUCAAACAAACAAUAUUUAACUUUUAAUUAGUUCAGAUAAGUUUAACACUGUUUGUGUGAUUAGAGUCUGGGUCUGAAUAUACAAUGAUGAUAAAAAAUAUAUACAGGUGCAUAGUAGUUUAGACUGGGGGCUGGUUCCAGACCCAAGUGUCUGUAGUUAGACGGAGAAAACGUCCACCAAUGUCAGUAAAGCUUUUCCUAGAUAAAUAGUAUGGAUGCGCGGACGUAAAUUAGUUUACAGGAACCAGGAUUUAUAUAGUACUAUACGCCACAUGGGUUUUAGGUGAUUUUGCCAUAAAGCACGGAACCAUAGGUGCCUAUUGCCUGUAUUUACUUCUGUUGCCUAUAAUACUGACUUAUAAACCACAGUGUACCUCUAAACUCGUUUACCUUUUUUUAUGAAAUAUGUGUAUGUGUGGUCUUGUUUAUUUAUAAUUUACAUAUUUUGCUAAUAUUGCAUGACCCAUCAGAUUUUGCUUAUAACAGCGAUAUUAUACAUAUUGUCAAAAAUUCAUUGAUACAGUUAUCUGAUAUACAAUGUGAAUAUUUUUUAUUUAGAUUGGUAAUCAUAUGCACUAUGUACAUUAUCGCAGUCAGUCGGUUAAGCUUGCAGACAUGAUCGAACUUAACAAAACAAUGAGGAUUAACUUAAUAAGCUGGCUGUUUACUUAAGACCAGUAUAUAUUUUAAAUUUUUCAUCCAAUGCUUACUUGAGUCGUUUUGUAUUUUUAUUUCGAUGUAUUUUCAAUAAACUUUAUGAAUGUU